AUUCUUGUUCGUAUCCCUAAAUAAGAGUCUUUGCUUAAGAGAAGGAGUAAAAAUUGAAAACGGAGAAAAACAAUUAAUAUAUUUUUUAAAGUGUUUCGAAUUAAACAUAAAAUGAAGACAAAAUUGCGAAUUAAUUAAUUAUAAAACAACAUUUGAGUUUCUAUUUGCAAAGUACUUAAUAUGUUUCUACAAAUCUUACAAAUUUGCUGUAUAUGCUCCACCUACAUAUAAGUAAUUGAGAUGUCUAUACCAUUUCAUCGAAUGAAUCGAUAAAAGGAUACGUUGAUAUAAAUAUUCAGCGAAAUAUCGACUUGAAUUUCUCUCAUAGGAAAUAUCUUCAUUACAAAGGAGAUUCUGUAAGAAGAGCAGAAUGUUAGAAUUGUGUUUUCGGUUGGUAGUUAAUUCCCUGAUAUUUACCGUAACUCUUCAACUGUUACAGUCAUGCGGAUGCCAGGGCGUGGAAGUUCACUUUGAGUCGGCAGACAGCGGCUUUUUUUUGAAACAUGCUCGACAGCCACCAGUUUCUCCAGAGAUAUCUACCAGCCACUCUUCACCUUUGCCGCCUCUACGAACGCGUACAACUUAUGAUUCUAUUCUAUCUGUUGAUCGUUUCACAGUAGUUCAAACCACACAACCUGUAUCGAUAAGAGCUAGUUAUGGGCCCUUUUCUACUAAACAAACUGUGCCUGCAAGAUACAUUGUGCCAGAUACCAUGGAAGAUCAACAUAACUACCUGAAUAAUACAACUGCGGCAUUACUCGAGUUACAACAAACCAAUCUUCAUUUGGACAUAUCGGCACAUUUAGUAAGUUCCUACGUAUCACAGGAUUCUCCAGUGCUGCGUGUACUUUUUCAUGCAGGAGCUGAUCCAGGUGGGCACUUGCAACGUCAGAAAAUAUGUGUUCUACUACACGUAUCAAACGGAAAUCACGCCCCUAUAAAAGGAAGAUGUAUGCCAGAUGGGGAAGACGGAGUAUGUGUAGCUGAGGUUGUUAUACCUUUCAAUUGGUUUCAUUCAUUAUCGCCCUUGGUAAACAAAGAAAAUGCUAACAAUACCCCAAUAAAAGUUCCACAAAGAUUCGUUCAAGUUUCCUAUAGCGUCUUCGAGCCACCAAUUAGAAAUUCCGAACUAUGCGAGCCCAAAGUGCAAAUUCAACCUUUAACUUCAUUUGUUCAAGUUCCGCUUGUUGCUCCGAUGGAACCAUUUAAGGAAUUCCAAAUAGACGAUUGUCUGGUUAUUCUUCUUCCACAACAGCCUUUAUUCCCGAUGUCCAAAUUCCAUGUUCCAGUAUAUUUACAAUCUUCGGGAAAGAAUAUUUCUUCAUUUACAAUAAAAGCGCGAGUCAAAUCAGGAAUAAAAAUUUUAGGUGCAACCUCGUCGUCCGAUAUGUGGAAUAUUUCGAUAGAGAGAGAUAACUCUAAGCAUUCAACUGUAAGGGUGACGGCCAUUAGGAAAAAACUAGACACUAUUUUAGAAAACAACGUCACUUCUCAAUAUUUCGAGAAUAGAAUUGAUGAGAUAUUUACAUGGCUCUUGGAAGUUGCAGAUGAUACCAAAGACUUAGUUGAUGGCGGUAAAAUAGUGUGGUCUGUUACCUACAUAUAUGACAAUCCACGAGAAUCUUCAUUGGAAAUUGCUCCAGAUGACAACAAAAAGAGAAUAAUAGCUAAGUUAGAAGUAAACAAAGACGACAUCCAAGCCGUUUUACCUAUGGCGAAGAAUUGGGAAUUAAUGAACACAGCUGUUUUGACAGGACGUCAGGUGGCACAAGCGAUGAAAGUUUUUAUUGUCUCUCAAGGAGGAAAAGUUGCAGAUGUUACUUUACAAAGCUCAUGUUAUGCGGAAGACGAGAGCGUUAUAAAGGUAUCAUCUUCGUGUAGUUCCGUGUAUGUCGAUGGCUCUGAAAUCCGUGGUUCAUCAAACGCUUCUAUAAUGGUAAAAUACGGAACUUACAUUGGAGUUGCUAAAUUCGUUGUCUGGAUGCCGGAGUUUCCCCUUGAGGUUUACAUCAGCGAUUUUCGCCUUUCGCAAAUUAAAGGGUGGAAAGUAAUAGAUGAACAUCAAUAUAUACAUAAAAAAUCUCGUAGGAAAAAGAGAUCUUUUUUCCACGGCCAACAUAAUGGGGCUUAUUAUAACAAUGGUCUACUGGAAAAAAUGUCGUGCCGAGCCCGAUACCAACAAAGUCCGGUGGAAGUAUUUGCCAGAUUCGUUGCAGUUGAUCAGAAUUCUGGACGCAUAAGCUACUUUAUAUCACGUCGAACUGGAUUGCGAGUUACGGAUUUGGUACAACCAUUAUUGCGUGUAGCAGAUCCCAAAAUAGCCAGCCUAAAGGGAAGAAUUCUUCAAGGCAAGUCAAUGGGCCGCACCGAUGUUCAGGUUUUAUCGCCAAUAACAGGACGCGUAAUAGGGACAAAGGAGAUUCGCGUUGGCAGCGAUAAAGUAAGCCUUAUUAAACUUUCAGUUCGCGUUGUAUCAGGACUGCAGUUGACAAUUACUCCAGACAACAGUAUUGAAAAUGGUUACAUUGCUGAAACCGCAGUAACACACAAAUUGACAGCACAAUACCAGGAAGGACUGUUGGAUAUUGAUCUGGAGUUUUCGGAUGGAUCUCGCACCCCAUUAAGGGAUAUAUCCGUGGAAGAUUACUUCCUUUUGGUUGAAAGCUUAGAUACUGAAGUUGUGGCCUUUGCACCAAUGCUAGCCUCUCACCAUCCCCGAGUAAUCGCUGUGGGAGAAGGAAAUGGAAACCUACUUAGAAUUACACUACUUCUAUCGGAAGAAUGUCGAGUACGCCGCAAUGUAAUGUCAACAAAACAAACCCGAUAUAAUACAUCCCCAUUAGCGAGCGCCCUUGCUGCUGUUGAUGUUGACUUUAAUAAUGCAAACGAAAUUAUUAAUAAACAUGAAGUUGUACAAAACGAUGGAGUUAUUCGAAAAGAAAGAAAUAAAUACACUAACAAUGGUGGAGAUCUUGCAGAUAUAAUAGGCAUACCUUUACGUGAUUCCAGUCAUCACCAUGAACCUACCGUUCAAGCUAGACAGCACCAUGGAAACAGCCUAUCUACUGAUAAAACACAUUUUGGCUACAAGAAGAUUCCUAAGAGAAACAUGUCUUCAAUUGAAGUUGGAAUGUACGUUUUGUUGACUGCCUUCUGCUUUGCAAUUGUAGUCUUUGUUAUAUCGUGCGUUGUGUAUGCUUCAAAAUUUAAAGCUAUUCACGUUGAAAGUACUAUAGACUCGGAAGAUAUUUCAAAAGGAUCAUUGUCUGUGCCAGACAUAAAUAAAGAGUCAAAGUUUUUUACUGAAACAACAACAAAUGCUCAUGAUUGGGUUUGGUUGGGGCGAUCCACAAUGGAUAGAUCGUCAAUUCUGAGUUUCAAUUCACAAGGGCAAAACUUUAUAAAUCCACGCGACUCUCGAAUACGUAUAACAACAAAUCCUAUUGUUAACUGUGCAUCUAACAACACAACUGAGAGUAAAGCAACAUCAUUCAUGAACCCAAAUCCAACUACUAAUGUUGAAAUAAUUGGCCAAAACAACAAGCUUGUUGCUAAUGUGGAGAUUAAACCAAGCGAAUAUCGGCCACCUGUACCACCCCACAGAAAUAUUUCCAUAAAACACGUACUGAACCAAAACUCUUCAACUGCUGGCAAUCAACCAGACUGCGCCAAAGGAAGUGUAGCACCUAUGUGUGAUAGAAGCAACAUUUUAUAUCAACCUGCGGAGUCAUCGCUGUUCCACGAAAACCACUUAAAAACAUCGCCUGGACACCAUUCACUUAUUUGCAUGCCAAAAAAACAUAUUCAAUCUUUCCAAAAUUGUCCAAAAGCCUUUCAAGAAGAGAAGCAUAAUGCGGAAAAGUUGGUAGAGUGUUUGAACCAAAAAAUUAAUGUAUUUCAAUUCGAUACAUUGACUCCUAAUAAAAAUUCAGUAGAUUUAAUAAAAUCCAACAUGAAGAAUGAAAUUUCCCUUGAACAUCAAUCGCAGCAGUCAAAUACGAAGGCCCUUGUAAGUGAGUCGAAACCAGUAGAUGACAACCGCUCUUUUGUUAAACCUGAAUAUGGACAAUCACAUCACAAAACGUCUAGAGUGAAGAGAGCAACUGUAGUCGGAAACCCAAUGUUCUCAUCCACCGUAGAGGAUGAAAAUGAAGAAGAAGAAUGUUUAAGCCUAGAUGAUCUUGAUAUGGACUACGAACAGAUUAUGAAUUACUUUGACAAUUUAAAGGAAUCAAAUGCCUGAGUCCGAAGCAUUAUUUUCGAUGUCCAAAAAAGUCUAAGCAGUUUUCAACAACAAUAGAAAAAUAUCAAUGUCGAAGCUAGUCCAAAUCACUAACAAAACACAACACCAAAAUGGAGCUUGAAAUGGUCUAAUAUAACAGUUCAAACCACGCUGCAAAUCACUUUAAUGUUAUACUUAAUAUACAACGUCAAUGAUAUACUUACAUAUACAUAUUAAUAUAACAAUUGUAAAGCAUAAAUUAUUUGUUAUUGCAUAAUAGAUAUAACGUGCGACGUGUAAAAGUUUAAGCUCAAACACUAGGCGCAUGCUUACAAUAAAUUUAAAACCAGGAUUGUAACAUUUUCCAGCCAC